ACUAUGUUCUUGGCCUCGUUAAACAUACUUAAAUUUAUGCGAAAAACAUAAAAGAUGCACUUUUAGCUUAAUGGUAUUUUUGGUAUGUCCGUUUACCUGUUACCAGUACUAUAACAAAAACACACAUCCAUAGCUUCAAACACUCAAUAGCAGAUCCUAAGGUAAAACAAACGAAGAAAGUUAAGAAGAAACGUUUCAGCUAAUUCCUUUAGGCCAAGUAUUUUCCGAUCUAUGCUAUUAUGAUCUCUGUGGCUUGAGCAAAGCGUGAAAUAAGUCACGUGAUCAUAGAAGCUUGAGCAGUUGCUUGGAGAUGGGUUCUAUAACACCACCGUUGCUAGGAGACUGUCUGCAGUUUGAUCCAGGUGUACAAUUUUGUCACUGGCGAAAAGAGGAACAGCAGAGACGCGUAUACAAACUUAAACAUUAUUUUUUGACGUUCGUCUUAAAAUCUUGAGUCUAAUACAGCACGUCAAAUCAGAAUUCCCUUUCAGGAGUCAUGCCCCUUCCAGAUACUAUGUUCUGUGCCCAACAGAUCAACAUACCUACAGAACUGCCCGACAUUCUGAAACAGUUUACUAAAGCUGCUAUCAGAACCCAGCCUCAUGAUGUACUUCAGUGGUCAGCUGCGUAUUUCUCAAGUCUGGCUUCUGGAGAAACCCUUCCUGUUAAGGAGAGGCUUGAAAUGCCAGUAGCAACACAGAAGACAGACACUGGGCUUACACCUGGCCUUUUGAAGAUUUUGCAUAAACAGCUUUCUCCCAAAGGGACUGUGGAGAAGGCAGAAUUGGAACAGCGAUGGAAAGAACUCUGCCUACCAAAGGAACAGCUUAACAGCAUUAUAGAGCUAGGAAACUUUGGCACCAGUAUUGUGUGGAUUGAAUUCUUUGCUUUGGGCUGCAGUGCACUGAAUGGGACUAUCACAACCUCUCUGAAGUGUGCAUGUGAAAUCCUUACAGCUGACCCAGAGGGAGGAGCAGCUCGCAUUCCAUUUGAAACAUUUACAUUUCUCUUUACCUACCUGAACAAGUUUGAUGGUGAGAUGCCUCAGGACCAGAUUGACAGCUAUCUGAAUAGCCUUGAGGAGGAAGCAAAGCAGCAAUUUGGGAUGGUGCAGCCAUCAAACUUCACAGGACUGAACAGACCCAAACUGCCUAACUAAGGAGAACUUUGUUUCACCUGCUGUCAUGUUGCUGGGGUCUAGUUCAAUUAUGUAAACUGGCGGAUCCUAGUAACGGCAUCCUAAAAUGCAAGCCCUGUAUAAGAAUAUCUAAGUUGUAAUUUGUCAUCAUCUUAUUGAGUUGCAAUGUUUUAUAUGAACACUUAAAUGAACCUCAGUCAGCCUUCUCGCACGAAAGAAAACGACCUUACUUGAAGUAUAAUAGAAAUUAUAUGUUAAAAAGAUCAAUAAUUCCUUUCGGAAUCGGAAUCAAGUUAAAAUAAGUAGGUCACUUGCUUAGACGAGAUAAAAAUUUCCUUUCUAGCUUAUCUUAGAAAGUGAAUGUGCCCAACUCUUAAGUCAUGUAUACUGUACCAGAUGAACAAUGGUCUGUGUCUAUUGGUGCCUCCAAGAGUUUCAAAGUGCUUUUUUUAUAUUUGACUUGCUGGGUUCUGUUGCUCUGGUAUUGACUUGUUACCUGGCUUUGAACUUGUCUGAAGACCAAUAAAUCCUGGGUCACCUUUCAUCUACCAUCUACCAUACAAUGUAACAGGCCCAACUACUCUUGCUGCCUCUGUCAAGUAGGUGAGGCUGGCAGAGUUGAAAGUCACCUUGUCACAAAAGGAAGGCUGUUCAGUCCCAGAAUUUGGGAUAAUAACAGUUCAAAGUAAGUUGAAAGCCAGGUAAAGGAAGAUUUGGAGAUAAAUGUUUACUCACUCCACUCAGAAUGAUUGUCUACAAUAUAUAAUUAUAAGGGGAUUUUUAAAUCACAUAAGCUACUUACUAUUUAAAUAAACAAGCACAAUACAGUUAUAGAAAGAUUUAUAAAUAUGUUGUGCCAGGUGUGUUUUAAUGCUAAUUGAAGGGGUUGUGGGUAUCCACUGACAGAAGGGAGAGAAACAAAAGCUGACGUUGUAAUGCCACUCUUGCCCAUGUGGCAUUUACAGUAUUUACUAAUGCAGGUAGCCACCACUAGGGUAACAGCAUAGGAAAUCCCUUUGAGGGGGUCAAGCAUGUGUAACUAUCAGCAGUGGUACAGCACACAGGCACAUCUACAAAAACUGGAUUGUAAACAAAAAAAUAUAAAUGCAAAAUAAAACACAGCUACAAAAUAAAAGCUGCCUAUAGCCAGCACAGUGCUGCUCCCACUACAGGAAUCUUCACUGACAAAUACAGCGUUGGUAUAGUAAAUUGGGAUUUUAAAUCCUCUGUGCUAGUUCUUAUACUAAGUUAUUAUUGCCCCAGUUGCACACACAGUGGCGCAUAGUGAGUAGUACAGUGUUUGCUUUCUGGCAGUUUCCGUCAUCAAGACCACCACAAGGGUGUGUCAGCAACUCCCUUUUAUAAUGAGAUUCUCCACUGGGAUACACCCACAGGCCAGUUAGAGAUCUGCAGCUGCCCAAUCCCUGGCUGCCGCCCCCUGUAAACAAAUAGUUCUCUAGUGGAGCGUUUGGCUCUUUCCUGUAGAUCAGUGGCUAUGGAGGGCCGGUGUCUCUCCUGGUUUUUGUUCUAACCAUACCCUAAAUUGGAUAAUUGGACAAUUAAGCUUCUAAUCAGGUCCAAUAAAAUACUUUAGAGUGCAGUUGGAAUAAAAACCUGCAGGGAGACUGGCCCCCCAGGACCGAGUUGUGAACCACUGCUGUAGACGCACGCAUACACCGGAGAAGCCAGAGGGGCAGUGUUGAAUCUGAUACAGGCCCUGAUAACAAGGCUUUUACGAGUGAGUUAUUUAAAUAUCCCCUUUGGACACAAUGAUGUGUUUCAUAUUAAAAAUGACACUUGUGUAAAAUA